GUUCAAGACAUGCCAGCUUUUCUCACUUACAUCUGCAGCAGCACAGCAUUCGUCUAUUGUUUUCGCGCGUCGCCGUUAGUUCAUUAAUACCUUGCAUACCUGGUGUAUAAAUCUGGUGUAUAUAAAAAUUUAAGGGUCAGGUACCUACCUUUUUUAUCGUUACCGCUCGUUUAUAGGUACCCUUUACCGUCAUUUCUCACCUUUCCAUACAUACGUACCUACUUACACGUACCUACAUACAUACGUACCGUAUCUACCUAAGAAUGGAGCUCGGGUGCUCGGUGAUCUCGCCGCUGGCCCCGCAUAAGCACACCCACACCGUGAUAUUCUUGCACGGCCGCGGCGACACGUCGCGGAAUAUGGCCGAUGCCUUGCUGUCGCGGUGGACGAGGGAUUCGCGCGGCCGCUCGCUUGUAGAUGAGUUUCCGUCGGUGCGCUGGGUCUUUCCGGAAGCCGAGCCCCGUCUCGCCGAAACCCUCGGCGAGGUCUGUCCGCAGUGGUUCGACGUUUCCAACAUGCUGGACCUGACCGACGCCGAAGAGAUGCAAGUCUUCGGCUUACGCGGUAGCGUCGCGAGCAUCCGACGGAUCGUGCGGCGCGAGGCCCGCACCGUCGGCGGCAUGGACCACGUCGUGCUGGCCGGCGUCAGCCAAGGCGGCGCCACGGUGUUCCACACCUUGCUACACCUCGACGACGGCGGGGGCGCCGAGAGUGCCGACGGCGAGCUUAUGGCGCUGCAGGAGAAAGGGGAGGACGAGGUGCCCAAGUCGGAGUCCCGGCUCUGCGGCAUCAUGGGGUUCUCGUGCUGGCUGCCGUUUCCGGGCGGGUCGCUGGAGGAAACCCGCGAGGUGCUGGGGAUGGAGGACGGGUGGCCCAAGACGGAUACCGUGGUGCGGAAUACGCCUGCGUUCCUGGGCCACUGCGCCGACGACUCGCUUGUGUUUGUCGAGUACGGCCGGCAGUUGAGGACUGGACUUAAGAGUUUCGGGAUGAACGUCGAGUGGCACGAGUAUGAAGACGGGGGCCACUGGAUCAAUGCCCCGAAGGGGGUGGAUGAUGCGGUGGAGUUCCUUAAGGCGCAAGGGAUACCCCUGGCGGAGUUGAAGGAGGAGGAGGAGGAGGAAUAGACUUGUCUACGGGAGAGUUAUAAUAAGUUGAGCUUCGAUGCCGUGACAGUUGACUUGAAAGUCUCCGCGCUUCGUCACUCUUGCUCCCGAGGGUAUGAAUUAGUAGAAUGUCAAAUAGAACUAGCGUGUAAUUAUAAUGUUUUGCUGGA